CCUACAACUUAUCAAUGAGGGAAUCUGUAAUGAAAGGAAGGGCAUGACUAAGUCACUUUCCUUUAUUAGCGCCGUUAUUUUGCUUGGCGACUUCACCAGAAUGAUUACUACAAUCCAAAGACACCGGCAGGAUCUCCGCAACAAGAAGCAGCCGGCAAAGCAUCAAGUUCGACAGGAACUGUGGAACCAGGUGAAACCAGCAAACCAACAAGUUCCAAAACGCUUGCUCUGACUGUGUGCUCUGCUGCCAUUGGAGAUUUAUUCUUUUAUCAUGCCUCACAUGAAGCCGACAGGAACUGUGGAACCAGAAGAAACCAGCCAACGAACAAGUUCAAAAACUCUUGUGCUGACGGUGUGUUCGGCUGCCAUUGGAGGGACCUUUCAGUAUGGAUACAACAUUUCAGUCAUUAACGCUCCCACAAGUUAUAUCCAGACGUUCAUCAAUAUUACGCAUACAGCACGCUGGGGCACUGGCUUGGAUACUCCCCAUAUCACUGUUUUUUGGACUCUUAUUGUAUCAGCUUUCUCACUGGGAGGUCUGUUUGGGGCCCUGCUCGCUGGUCCAAUGGCUGUCCGCUUUGGAAGGAAGAAUUCUCUGCUUUUUAACAACUUGUUUUUGUUUGUUGGGGGGUUACUUUUUCUGAUUUGCAGAGUUGCAAGAUCAUUUGAAAUAAUCAUCCUCGCUCGGUUCCUCGUGGGCAUUAAUUCUGGUGUCAGUAUGAAUGUCCAGCCUAUGUACUUUGGAGAAAGCGCCCCCAAACACCUCAGGGGAGCUGUGGCUUUUUCCUCUGCUGGAUUCACUGCAUUAGGGAUUUUCUCCGGUCAAGUUGUGGGACUGAAUAUGGUGUUGGGAACAGAACCUCUCUGGCCCUACCUACUUGCCAGCAACAUGCUUCCAGGAUUGAUCCAGAUGCUCACAUUACCUUGGUUUCCGGAAAGCCCCAGAUACCUCCUUAUUGACAAGGGAGACAAUGAAGCUUGUGUCCGGGCACUUGAAAGACUCCGUGGUGGCGUUGCUCCUACUGUAGAAAUGAAGGAAAUGCUUGAAGAACAGAAGAUGUACUCCGAUGGCGGAUCUGCAGCUUCUGCGAAGACUCCCUGGUCACUUUUUAAGGAUCCUAACUUGCGCUCCCAGCUCCGAACGGUCAUGGUGGCAAGCAGUGCUAUGAUGCUCUGUGGCAAUGACUCCAUCUACUUCUACGCGUCCUACAUAUUUCUUCAGGCAGGCAUCCCUGCAGACAAAAUCCAAUAUGCCACCAUUGGCACAGGGGCAUCCGAACUGACUGCUUCUAUCCUGAGCAACUUGCUGAUUGAACGAGUGGGCCGCAAGUGUCUUCUUGUUGGGGGCUACACUCUUAUGUCUUGCUGGACUGUAGUCAUCACGGUAGCCCUCACGCUAAAAAAUCAAGGAGUAGAAGGGAUGCCUUACCUCAGCAUGGUAUGUGUGUUUACUUACAUCCUUAGCUUUGGCUUUGGCCCGGCAGGUGUGACAGGUGUCCUACCUGCGGAGAUCUUUGACCAGUCAGCUCGUCCUGCAGCGUACAUGGUCGCCGGAUCCCUAAUGUGGCUCAGUCUGCUCCUGGUGGGAAUGAUUUUUCCCUUUAUUGUCAGUGGUCUGGGGAGUCUCUGCUUCUUGCCGUUCUUGGCUGUGUGUUUGGUGUCGGCUGUGUUUUUGGGGCUUACGUUCCCAGAGACGAAAGGCAAGAGCCUGGCUGAGAUCACUACAAAAUUUGAUCGAAAAAAUGGACAGAUGUAGGAGAACUUGUUGAGGAUCAAGAAUGAAUCAAGUCAGCAUGGGAAAGGAGACUCAGAGGACCUGCGGAUAUUUAAUUCAUUUCUGAAAUCUGAAAUAUCUGAAAGUCUGUGUAUAGUAUCUUUCAAUCGCCCUCGGCUAUAAAUCAAAGCAGGGCUGUCAUUUUCACAUAUGAAUAGUAAUGUAUUGUUUUUAUAUAAAUAAUGCUGUCUGACCAAUUUGAUUUCAUACAAAAUGACCGAUAGUUUGUUAAAUUUUCAUCAAUGCAAUUUUCCAAAACCCCACUAGAUGUCCCCGUUUUCUUUCAAUAGUUCUUAUGAUUAAAGGCGAUUCAAUUUCUUCACGAGCCACGUACCAUAAUUAUUUCAAGAAAAGUGCUGUGAGAGAACAUGUAAUUGCAGAAAGUACUUCGAAUAAAAUAGAAAUCCUUUGCAUAAUUUGCUAAAAUAUGGAAAAAGUUUCCAAGCUGUUUGACCUUUAGAAAAUAAGUUUAGCGUUUUGCUUUUUGACUAACACUACACAUUCAAUGAACCUUACUUGUCAACAUGCAUUUUCAUAUUCAUAUUUCAGGAGUGGCAACACCUCUUUUUUUUUUUUUUACAUUUGUGAACUUAUUCUGUUCCAUCAAUUUGAGGUUUACAACUAGACCGGCAUUACCUUUGCACAUUAUAGUCCUCGAUAGCAUGAAUGAAAUGAUCGUGACCUGAAAUGAAACAUUUGCAAAGUGUAAACUGUUUAAUUGUUGUGUAUACUUGGCAAUUUACUUGCUACCAGCUGUGAAUAUAUACGUAUAUCAUCAUUUAUGGUAAUAAAAAAUCUGACUAUUCAGUUUAUUGCAAUGUUAAAAUUAUUUUCAACAUAGCCAGGUUGUACCCUUGUUCUCAGUCGAAUAUAGCUGGAAUCGGCUCCAGCAGGCCUGUGACCCUAGUGAGGAUAAGUGGUACAGAAACUGGAUGGAUAAUAAUAAUCAUCAGCAUCAUUAUAACAAUAAGCGUCCAUUAUUUUCUGCAUCGCUUAUCCUCACUUGGGUCACAGGCUAGCUUUAGCCUAUCCCAGCUGGCAUAAUACUUUAUAAUCGAGUCAAAAGAAAAGAAUUGAGGUGGGUCAGUCCCUUCUGAAAGAACAUCGUGUGUUUCUGUCACUCAGCGUU